AUGCGAGGCGCGGCACGGCGGGCCCCGGACGGCGGCGGGCGCCUGUUGCGGCCGCUGCUGCCGCUCGACGUGGAGAGCCUCUGCGUGCUCGUGCUGCGCGCGCCCCUGGCCGCCGGCAUGGCGCACCCCGUGUUCUCCGCCCUGGCCGCCGCCCUGCCGGUGCUCCUGCUGACGGCGCUCGCAGAGGCCCGCACGUGGGAUGGCCCGGGCGGCCACCCCCCGCCACCCCCACCGCCGCCACCACCACCGCCGCCGCCGCCCCCGGGGCCGCCGUCGCCAGAGGACGACGAUGACGUCCCCGGGCCCCGGGCCUACCGGGACCGCGAACCCUCCGACCGCAUCCUGGUCGCCUCGCGCGACGGCCGGCUCUCGCUGUUCGAGCGCGUCGAGGACGUGCAGUCCGUGCUGCCGUACGAGAGGGGAGCCCCCGGCGGCGCCUCGGGGAGGGGCCUCUUCGACAGGGCCCCGGGGGAUUGGGACUCCCAGUCUUCUUUCCACGACAGACCCCAUGAAAGGUCGUAUGACCGGUCGUACGACAGACCCUACGACAGGCCUUAUGGCCGAUCCUACGACAGAGACAGGUCGUUCGACAGGACUUAUGACAGACCCUACGACAGGGAAAGGUCCUUCGACAGACCCUUCGACCGUGACAGGUACUACGACAGAUCCUAUGACCGGCCCUCUGCGAGGUCCUACGACAGGCCCGUCGACAGGGUGUUUGAUCGUUCUCUUGAACGACCUUUCAGAGGGACGUCCGGUGAUCGUGUUUAUGCACCAGUACCGCUUUAAAAUGGAGAUUAUUCGCAGUAAAAUUAAACAAAAACAAAGAACUAAAGCUUCUGAACAGUGAACUCAACUAA